AUGUGUAUUCGUAGUGGUAGUGGUGACAACCAACAACAAUUGAAUAUUAAUUUAACAAUAGUUAUGUGGGGUUUUCAACCUGUCAAAAAGCCUUACAAAAAUAAGUGGGUCUCCCUUCCUCAUAGUAGAAUUUCCUCUAUCAUUGUAACCAUUUCCUCUCCAACAUAUACACAGUUAGAAAUAUCAAAUGAAAAUCAGAAUCAAAUACUAUCACAUCAAGAGAUUGUAAUGAGCAAGAACCUUUUCGAUCUUCUUCAAGACGACAAUGAAGAGCCACAAGAAAAGGUCGUAAAGGAUGUUAAGCCAGCCACCAAGGCACCAGUCACUGCUGCCAAGAAGCCAGCCCAAGCUGAGAAGAAGCCAGCUGAAAGCAAGGUUGUCAAGGGAGACAAGCCAGCCCGUGUCAACGGUGAGCGUAAGACUGAGCGUAAGCCAAGAACUGAGGUUCAAGGUGAAGACUUCCAAAAGUCCUCGUCAAAGAGAGACAGUAAGCCACACACCCGUACCCCACGUACCGACGCCUCUGGUGCUCCACGUGGACGUCAAUUCGACCGUAAGUCUGGUACUGGUAGACCAGCCGGUGAAGUCAAGAAGGGAGGUGCCGGUAAGGGUAACUGGGGUUCACAAACUCAAGAAGUCCAAAACACUGAGGCUGCCGUCGCCGUCACUGAGACCACCGAGGAGACCGCCACCGCCGUCGCCGCCACCACUGAGACCGCCGAGACUCAAGCUCCAAAGGACACCAACAUCACCUUGGAAGAGUACCAAAAGCAACAACAAGCUGAGGCUCCACAAGUCCAACCAUUGAAGCUCAGACAAGCCGGUGAGGGUGAGACCAACCAAUGGGAAGAGUACGCUCCAAUCCAAAAGGAAACCGUCAAGUCCGCCACCAAGUCUGCCGCCAAGGAAAAGAAAAACUCAAAGAAGACUCUCAUCAGUUUGGAAACUAAGCCAUCGAUCCAAUCAAGCAACAAGCCACCAAGAAAGGGACAAAAGCAAGUCUCCAGCAAGACUGAGAACAAGAAGAUCCCAGAAUUGACCUCAACCGACUUCCCAGAGCUCAAGGCUUAA